UCUCUCGGUCAUCCUCAAGAGCUGGUGGUUCCGUGGUGGCCGCCCUUCAUUAAAAAGCAAUAGAAAAUAGAGGAAAACCAACAAACAACUUCUUUGCGGUUCGUUUGUUUUUGCUGAGCCGCUUCCCUCUUCGCACUAAGCAAUAGAAACCGUACGCACUGGUUCCGGCGUAGGUCGAAGGAAGCUUUCACUUUUCAAACGAGCAGCGUGAACGUCGGCCACGUUUCAAGCAACGCACCACCAUGGCAGGCACCAAGAAUCCAUUCCAGAACCUGCUGAAGGAGAUCAACGUGAAUGGCGAGACAUUCCAUUACUAUGACAUCGCCUCAUUCCCCGAGUAUCGUGAAUUGCCGUACAGUGUGCGCGUGCUGCUGGAAUCGGCCGUCCGGAACUGUGACAACUUUCAAAUCCACGAGAAGGACGUCCGUGGAAUUCUGGGCUGGAAAGGAACGAAGGGUAGUCCCCAGAGUGAGACCGAGCUCGAGAUUCCGUUCAAGCCGGCCCGUGUCAUUCUGCAGGAUUUUACCGGUGUACCGGCGGUCGUUGACUUUGCGGCCAUGCGUGAUGCCGUCCUGCGGCUCGGUGGUGACCCGAACCGGAUUAAUCCGAUCUGUCCGUCCGAUCUGGUGAUCGAUCACUCGGUGCAGGUUGACUUUGCCCGUACGGAGGAUGCCCUAGCGAAGAACCAGGACCUAGAGUUCGAGCGUAACCGGGAGCGGUUCACGUUCCUCAAGUGGGGUGCCCGUGCUUUCGACAACAUGCUGAUCAUUCCACCCGGUUCCGGUAUUGUGCACCAGGUCAAUCUGGAGUAUCUGGCACGUGUGGUGUUCCAGGAACCGGCCGAUGCCAAACCGGUACGGCUCCUCUAUCCGGACAGUGUCGUCGGAACGGAUUCGCACACGACGAUGAUCAAUGGGCUCGGUGUGGUCGGUUGGGGUGUUGGUGGUAUCGAGGCGGAAGCGGUCAUGCUUGGUCAAUCGAUUUCCAUGCUUCUCCCCGAAGUGAUCGGUUACCGGUUGGUCGGUAAGCUGAAUCCACUCGUCACCUCCACCGAUCUGGUGCUCACGAUCACGAAGCAUCUCCGUCAGAUCGGUGUUGUCGGGAAGUUUGUGGAGUUUUUCGGACCGGGCGUUACCGAGCUAUCGAUCGCUGAUCGUGCCACGAUCAGUAACAUGUGCCCGGAGUAUGGUGCCACGGUCGGAUACUUCCCGGUCGAUGCAAACGCACUGGACUAUCUCCGUCAAACGAACCGUGCCGAAGAGCGUGUUCAGACGAUCGAGGCGUAUCUACGUGCAACGGAACAACUACGGGACUUUGGCAAAGCGGAACAGGAUCCCGUGUUUACGCAGCUCGUUGAGCUUGAUCUUUCGACGGUUGUGACGUCCGUUUCCGGGCCAAAGCGCCCGCAUGAUCGUGUCGCGGUGAGCGAGAUGCAGCAGGACUUCCGCCAGUGUCUGUCGGCGAAGGUUGGCUUCAAGGGUUUCGCCAUUCCGCAGGCUGAACUCGGCGCAACCGGUAGCUUCAGCUGGACCGAUGGUAAAACGUACGAACUGCGCCACGGUUCCGUCGUGAUCGCGGCCAUCACUUCCUGUACCAACACGAGCAACCCGUCGGUAAUGCUCGGUGCUGGGCUGCUGGCACAACGGGCCGUUGCGGCCGGUUUGAAGGUGGCCCCGUACAUCAAAACCUCCCUAUCGCCCGGCAGUGGCGUGGUGACGUACUAUCUGAAGGAAUCCGGUGUUAUUCCGGCACUCGAGGAGCUCGGUUUCAACGUUGUCGGUUACGGGUGCAUGACGUGCAUCGGAAAUUCCGGCCCACUGGACGAUAAUGUGGCCAAUACGAUCGAGAAGAACAAUCUCGUCUGCUGCGGUGUGCUGUCCGGUAAUCGGAACUUCGAGGGCCGCAUUCACCCGAACACACGGGCCAACUAUCUGGCCAGUCCGCUGCUCGUGAUUGCGUAUGCACUCGCCGGUACGGUCGAUAUUGAUUUCGAGCGUGAGCCACUCGGUAAACGGGCCGACGGAUCGGAUGUCUUUCUGCGUGACAUCUGGCCAACGCGUCAAGAGAUCCAAGCCGUCGAGCGUGAGCACGUUAUACCGGCCAUGUUCCGGGAUGUGUACGCAAAGGUUGAACUCGGUUCUGGCUCUUGGCAGGGCCUACAGGCACCGACCGGCAAGCUGUACCCAUGGGAUACCGCUUCAACCUACAUCAAGCAUCCACCGUUCUUCGAGGGCAUGACACGUGAACUGCCGGUCCGCGGAGCGAUCGUUGGUGCACGGGCGCUUCUCAAUCUCGGUGACUCCGUAACGACCGAUCACAUCUCACCGGCCGGUUCGAUCGCACGCAACAGUCCCGCGGCACGCUAUCUCUCCGAUCGGGGCCUUACACCGCGUGAGUUCAAUUCAUACGGUUCCCGGCGUGGUAACGAUGCGAUCAUGGCCCGUGGUACGUUCGCAAACAUUCGGCUCGUGAACAAACUGGUCGGAGCUGCAGGACCCCGUACGUUACACAUUCCCAGCGGUGAAGAGAUGGACGUGUUCGAUUGUGCCGAACGGUACCGCACCGAGGGCACACCACUGAUUGCACUGGUCGGAAAGGAUUACGGUAGUGGAUCGAGUCGGGACUGGGCAGCGAAGGGACCGUACCUGCUCGGUAUCCGUGCAGUGAUUGCGGAAUCGUACGAGCGGAUCCAUCGAUCGAAUCUCGUCGGUAUGGGCAUCGUACCGUUGCAGUACCUCGAUGGACAGAACGCCGAAAGCCUUGGGCUGACGGGCCGGGAGCUGUUUAAUGUCACCAUUCCUGAUGGAUGCCGGCCGCACGAUCGCAUCACCGUCACCACUGAUGGCGGUGUGUCGUUCGAGGUGAUCGUACGCUUCGAUACCGAGGUCGACCUGGAGUACUAUCGCAACGGAGGCAUCCUGAACUACAUGAUUCGCAAAAUGAUUGAUUAAUCGUUCCGGUUGGUGGUGGGUGGUUUUUCAUUCUUUCUACUCUUUUUUAUUUUUGCUCAUGCUCAUGAUUAAAUACUAAAUACUGCAAGCGGCAAGAAGAGGCAAUAAAUGAUUGAAUGCGUGGUGGUUAUUACACUUUUGAAGGGUACAUAA